CCAAGACAAAGACCAAGGCAUGAUGGCUGUACUGACAUGGGCUAAAAUGUUUCUGAUACUGAUAUGGAUGCUUCAGUUGAGAGUAGCAAAUGGGCACACUUUGUCCUUAUUCCCUGCUGGAGAUGAUGAUGAAGUCACUUUGCCUUGUAAAAAUGCAAUACACGCUCAACAUGAAUGUACCAGUACAACAUGGUUCUUCAGUGGUUCGAGAAACCAGAAAGCAGUAGAGCUGGUUAUUCUUGGAAAGAUUGUAGAAGAUCUUCAAGCUAAAUCAGACAGACUCAGUGUUAGCAGGAACUGUUCUCUGGUUAUAAAGAAGGUCACAGUUGAGGAUGUUGGUCUGUACACCUGCAGACAGUUCAACGAAUCAGGACUACAGCGAGGUCCAGACUUUCAGGUUCAUCUGUCUGUUAUCAUCAUGAUUGAACAUAAGAACGACGAUGAAGUCAAGUUGUACUGCUGUGUGUUCUCAUAUGACCACUGCAGACACAGAGUGGAAUGGCUAUAUGAGGGUAAAGAGGAACAACCUUCAGACAUAGAGAUAAAAUCCGGUUACUGUUCCACCACUCUGACUUUUACAUCAUCUCACGUUGAGUCACGUUUUAAUAAGUCACUGAAGUGCAAAGCAACCAACGAUUAUAAUAAGAAAGAGCAGCUGUUUCCUUUCAGACUCCAUUCCUCAUGUGUGAUAGCAGCUGAAUAUGGAACAAGGACAACAAUCAGUGUAUCUUCAAACAUCAAUAAUGAAGCAAAACAAGAAGGGAACAUACCACAGAUGGAAGAAAACACUGUGAGUAAAAAGGACUGUGGUGAAGAUCAAGGUGACACUGUGACCUGCACCACUGUGAAAACUUCCUCCUCUUCCACUGGAGCUCCAACUGAUCCCAGAAACCCACUCUAAGUUCAACAAGCAAAAGAAUCCAGAUGUUUCUCAGCAAAUCAUACCUUGAGAGUGAUAAGGUUCUCUCUGACUUUUUCAUAGGCAGUGCAGCCAGCAAUCUUUUUUUACUGUACGUUUUCUUUAAAUUCUGUACAAGUUCUUGUAAUACAGUAUUAAAAAAUUACAAGAUGUUACUUUGUUAAGCAUUGUCUUCUUCCACUUCUUCAAAAAGGAAAUGUGUGUGUAAAAAGAGUUUGACAUGAAAAAAGAAAUGUAAAAAAUA